AUGGAGAGCCUGCUGGAGAAUCCGGUGCGCGCCGUGCUCUACCUCAAGGAGCUCACGGCCAUCGUACAGAACCAGCAAAGCCUCAUCCACACCCAGCGCCAGCGCAUCGAUGAGCUGGAGCGGCGUCUAGACGAGCUGAGCGCGGAGAACCGCAGCCUGUGGGAACACCAGCAGCUUCUGCAAGCCCAGCCUCCGCCGGGGCUCGUCCCUCCGCCGUCCGCCCCACUGCCUGCUCCUCCAACCACCGCUCCGGCCGCCACUGCGGCCCAGGAGCCUCUCCAGGACCACGGACAGCUCACACCCGCCACGCCGGAGCCGCCGCUUCAGCACCACGGACAGCUCCUGGCGCAGCCCCAGCCGGGCCCCAGCAGCAGGGCUCAGGCUCCCCAGUCGCCCCACCAGCACCCGGUGGCACCAGGGGCCACAGGCGACAAGGAGAAGGAGCGUCCCCCGAGUUGUUGCGCUGCCGCCGGAGCCCUGCUUCAGCACACAUCCCCCGCCGCCCUCGGCAAGGGCGUCCUGAGCAGGAGACCCGAGAAUGAGACCGUGCUGCACCAGUUCUGCUGCCCUGCUGCUGACACCGAGCAGAAGCCUGCCUGCUCCGACCUGGCUUCCCAAAGUGAUGGCUCCUGUGCCCAGGCCGGUGGGGGCAUGGAGGACUCCGUGGUGGCAGCAGUGGCAGCCGGCAGACCCAGUGCCCAUGCCCCGAAGGCUCAAGCCCAGGAGCUCCAGCAGGAGGAGGAGCGGCCGGGGGCGGGGGGCUCCCCACGGGCUGGCCCCCUCCGCGCGGCCUCCCCCGGCCAGCAGCAGCCUGCCCUGGCGACGGCGCUCUGCUCCCACACCCCUGCUGCCUCCGAGUACGAACUCUCCCUUGACCUAAAGAAUAAACAGAUUGAAAUGCUAGAACACAAAUACGGGGGCCACCUGGUAUCCCGACGCGCCGCGUGCACCAUCCAAACCGCUUUCCGCCAGUACCAGCUCAGCAAGAACUUUGAGAAGAUCCGUAACUCGCUCCUGGAAAGCCGCCUUCCCCGGCGGAUCUCGCUGCGCAAAGUGCGGGCGCCCACAGCCGAGAGCCUGGUGGCGGAGAAGGCGCUCCUGGAGGGCUGCGGGCUCCUGGGGCUGCCGCUGGGGCGCUCGCCCUCCCUGCCACCCACCUUCGCAGGCUCGCUCACCGAGCUAGAGGACUCCUUCACCGAGCAAGUGCAGUCCCUGGCCAAGUCCAUCGACGACGCCCUCAGCACCUGGAGCCUCAAGACCAUGUGCUCACUGCAGGAGAGUGGCGCGUACCAGCUCCACCAGGCCCUGCACCCGAGUGCGGGACAGGCAGGUCUAGAGGCCGAGGCGCGGGAGCCCGAGAGUGGCCCAGGGUCUGGAGAUGAGGCCGGUGGCCUGCCACAGGGUCACAGCGGUACCCUCAUGAUGGCCUUCAGGGAUGUCACAGUGCAGAUCGCUAACCAGAACAUCUCUGUUUCCUCCUCCACCGCCCUGUCUGUGGCCAACUGUCUGGGCACACAGACCAACCAGGCCACAGCUGAGCCAGAGGCCGGCCAAACAACCGAGCAGGGGGAUGCCGCGGCUCAGGAGAUCUCGGAAGCCCCAGCCUCGGAACAGGCGGAACCCCCGGGUGAGAACUCAGAUGCGGCGGAGAGUCGCGCCCAGGACGCACAUGGACCAGUGGUUGCCGAGGCCGUGGUUGAGGAGGCGGUGGCGGUGGAGGCAGAGGAGGAAGCGGAAGAGACGGGGCAGACAGGGAAAGGGGCGGAGGCAGGCGACAACUCUGAGCAGUUGAGCAGCAGCAGCGCAUCCACCAAGUCCGCCAAAUCUGGCUCAGAGGUUUCGGCCGCUGCCUCGAAGGAGGCCCUGCAGGCGGUGAUCCUAAGCUUGCCGCGCUACCACUGCGAGAACCCAGCCAGCUGCAGGUCCCCCACGCUCUCCACGGACACCUUGCGCAAGCGGCUGUACCGCAUCGGCCUCAACCUCUUCAACAUAAACCCGGACAAGGGCAUCCAGUUCCUGAUCUCACGUGGCUUCAUCCCUGACACCCCCAUCGGUGUGGCCCACUUUCUCCUCCAGCGGAAAGGCCUCAGCCGCCAGAUGAUAGGAGAGUUCCUGGGAAAUAGCAAGAAGCCGUUCAACCGCGACGUGCUGGACUGCGUGGUAGAUGAAAUGGACUUUUCCAACAUGGAGCUGGACGAGGCCCUGAGGAAGUUUCAAGCUCACAUCCGCGUGCAAGGGGAGGCCCAGAAAGUAGAGCGACUCAUAGAGGCUUUCAGCCAGCGCUACUGCAUGUGCAACCCCGAGGUGGUGCAACAGUUCCACAACCCAGACACUAUCUUCAUCCUGGCCUUUGCCAUCAUCCUUCUCAACACCGACAUGUACAGCCCCAACAUCAAGCCCGACCGGAAGAUGAUGCUAGAAGACUUUAUCCGAAACCUUCGAGGUGUGGAUGAUGGUGCUGACAUCCCCAGAGAGCUGGUGGUGGGCAUCUAUGAAAGGAUCCAGCAGAAGGAGCUCAAAUCCAAUGAGGACCACGUCACGUAUGUCACCAAGGUGGAGAAGUCCAUCGUGGGCAUGAAGACGGUGCUGUCCAUGCCACACCGCCGCCUGGUCUGCUGUAGCCGGCUCUUCGAGGUGACCGAUGUGAACAAGCUCCAGAAACAGGCCGCACACCAGAGAGAAGUGUUCCUCUUCAAUGAUCUGCUGGUGAUUCUCAAGCUGUGCCCAAAGAAGAAGAGCUCCUUCACAUACACCUUCUGCAAGGCAGUCGGCCUCUUAGGCAUGCGGUUCCACCUCUUUGAGAAUGAGUAUUAUUCCCACGGCAUCACGCUGGCAACUCCACUCGCGGGCUCUGAGAAGAAGCAGGUAUUGCAUUUCUGCGCCCUGGGCUCCGACGAGAUGCAGAAGUUUGUGGAGGACCUGAAGGAGUCAAUUGCUGAAGUGACAGAGCUGGAGCAGAUCCGGAUAGAGUGGGAACUGGAGAAGCAGCGGGGAACAAAGGUGCUCUCUGUCAGGUCUGCUGGAGCCCAGGGGGACCCACAGUCGAAGCAAGCAUCACCCACAGCCAAAAGGGAAGCCAUGGCAGGAGAGAGAGCGGCGGAGAGCUCGGGGGAGGUGUCAAUUCACAACAGGCUUCAAACGUCCCAGCACAGCCCCAGGUUGGGGGUCGAGAGGGGAGAACCAGCACCGCCACCACCAACAUCACCACCACCGUUGCUGCCAGACCCACAGCCUAGCCCCCUGAGGGAGCAGCCCCCACCGCUGCCGCCGCCGCCGCCACCCACACCCCCAGGCACCCUGGUGCAGUGCCAGCAAAUUGUCAAGGUCAUUGUCCUGGACAAACCCUGCUUGGCCCGCAUGGAGCCCCUGCUGAGCCAGGCGCUGUCCUGCUAUGCUUCAUCCUCCUCAGAUUCCUGUGGCUCCACACCCUUGCGUGGUCCAGGCUCCCCAGUGAAGGUCAUCCACCAGCCCCCACUGCCCCCACCCCCACCCCCAUACAACCACCCUCAUCAAUUCUGUCCGCCAGGCUCUCUGCUGCUCCGGCGCCGCUAUUCCAGUGGCUCAAGGAGCCUGGUGUAGGCUCUACCCUUAGCACCCCACUAUCCCAAUGGGCUGUCCUUCAGGAGCUUAGGCUGCCCCCUUGCCAUUCCUCACAUCUUGGCAUAAUGCCUUCCUGGCCACUGAUCACUGUUAUGGAAAGAGAAUGCCCUGGCAAGAUGGUUUGCUUGACCCAACCAUCCACUGCUAACUUAUUGGAGUACCUCACCACAAAUAUGUAAGCACUUUCUCACUCUUCUAGGGGUCCCACAUAGGCAGAUGAGCCAUGCCUUCUCCUCUGUGUUCACUGUGUUCCCCUAACUAGACUAUACAUUGAAGGAAACGGAAGCCGAGGGGCCGUGGGCUGAUAGGCUUGCAAUCUUGAUCUAUUAGCAUUCAUGCCUUGGGCCAGUGAACAAGAGCAAAUGGCUGGACCUGCCAGCAGCACAGCCCAGGGCAGAGGCAGACUACCCCAGCGUAAGAUGUAUCUCUAGCCCAGCUGAAUAGAAGAAAGCUAACCCGACUCUCUGGAGGGGCCUUUGUCUGCUGCCCCUGCCAUCCCAGCCUGUAGUGAGGAGACAGGUUCUUAGCUCCCUGGGGACGUUGGCUCCCUUCACCAUGGCAGCCCUCCUGCCACCAUCAGAGAAUUCUGAGCUACCCAGAGCCAGGAAAGAUCCAAGAAAGAGAAGGGGGCAGGGGAUCCAGUUCUGUCUGGGUCAGUUCAGCAGCACCCUAGGACUGUGAGAUCAUGUCUACAAAGUGUACUUUUUGAGACCAUUUCUUGGUUCUCUAGCCUCAAGCAACAUUCAGCCAAUACCAAGUGCACACAGGCAGUUAUCCAUAAACACAUGUGAAAGCCGGGUUGGUUACUUCCUUGUGGAACCAGAAGCCAGGAGAUGGGGUAUGACUUGGCCUGGAGUCAGGGCUUCCUCAGGUAUGACUCUGCAGCCUCUGUGUACACACACAGACAGGGUGAGGCAGUGAGGUCCGCGUCACUGUGUCACCUCUGCCACCCUAGCCUUGAAAUACUGCCUCCCUGGAAAAUGCAGGCUGGCUUCCAGCAGGGAUGGCGAAGAAUUCCUGGACCUUCAAAACAGCACAGCCGAGCCGAGCAGGGCUCAUCAACUUUCCAGGCCUACCAGGACCAGAGUCAGCACAGGUGGCCCUGACCCUACAGAGCCCCAGACAGAUGAGGCAGCCCCAUAAACUACAGGGGUGAUGUCAUUGGCUGUCACAAGCCAAGCCAGCCUCCUUUGUCCUAUGCCAGCAUCUAUUUCUGGCCUUCCUCGAGAUGCUCUCCUAGUC